GGGCCCAAACCAUUCUCUUUAACUUCUUCCUCUAAAUAUGGCCCUACUAAGCUCCUCAAAAAGCCAUAAUCCAAGCUUUAAUGGAGGAAAAACCCACCAAAUUGCAAUAGAGAAAGACCCACUUUUUCCACCAAAUAUGGCCCAAGAUAUCCACUCAGAAACUAGCCCAAGCUUUCAUGGAGGUGCACAAUCUCACCAACUUGCAAGAGGAAAAGAGCCUAUUUCCUCAUCAAGUGCAACUCAAGAAAGCUCACCACCAGAAUCCCAUGAUCCUAACUUCAAUGGAGGAUUAAAACCCCACCGAAUUGCACCAGAAAAAGAGCUGCUUCCUCAAAAGCAAGGGAGCAAAACCAUGAGGUUCCUUGGUGUGAGACAAAGGCCUUCAGGGAGAUGGGUUGCAGAGAUUAAGGAUGCAUCACAAAAGCUAAGGUUGUGGCUGGGGACCUUUGAUAGAGCUGAGGAGGCAGCAAAGGCCUAUGAUGCAGCUGCGCGGAUCUUGCGAGGAAAGAACGCAAAGACCAACUUUCAGACUGAUGAGUUUUCGAGAUCUUCAUGCUUGAAAAACCCUAAGUUCCAGCACCUCCUCCUAAAGGCCAUGGCAAAGCGUCGCUACGCCGACCAAGUUAGAAAGAACUCUAGCUAUUUGUGCAAUGAGAAUUUGAGGUUCUUAGAGGGAGAAACUAGUUUGAUUGAGUCUGGUGAGCCUACAAGGACUGGUGAGAUGAUGCAUGGGGAAGGGUUGAGCUGUUAUUUAGGCAGAGGAAACUUAGUAUAUGGGGAUGGUAGGGUUUGGAGUGGGGGAGGGGAGGAUUUUUCUAGGGUUUUGUAUGGUAGCAAGGUUUAUUCAACUGUUCAUGUGGCCCCUUCCUUUAAUGUUUCAUUGCACUUGGAAAGUGUUGUUAGGAAGGAUAAAACCAAUCCUCUUCUUGUUGAGAAUGGGUGGUUGGAUGCAGUUUCCAUGUGAUGGGGAGGGGCAAUGUGAUUGUGAGUUAUUUGUAUGCCUUCUUUGAAACAUAUUCAUGUUUAUGACUGGUUCUCAGUUUG